AUGGGGGAUACCCCGCCCACCGUGAACUUGGCCCGGCGAGGAUCGCUGUCGCUCACUCAGACGCUCUCGCUUGACUGGGCUCCCCCGCCACCACCACCAGCCGACUUAGAACAGAUACAUGCAUCCUCUUCUCAAGCCCCGGGCUUAACAUCUUUUUCGCUAGGGUCGCCUCCAGCGGGCAAUACCGAGCAGUUGUCGCUGAACAAGCUUUACUCGCGAGUCAAGAGUAUCGCUGGGGUUGUCAGAGGUGUCGUGGGAUCAUCAAGCUCUGGCUCACGCAAAUCCCCGUUGUCUGCAAAAUUCGGUAGCGACCAAUAUUACCAGCAGUCGGCCAGUAGGGACUCUUUCAUGAGCAACACGACGGCGUCGGACGACAAUGCUUCCUUUCGCUCCCCGACUAAGACUUCCGUGUUUUCGAAGAGCCACCUUCGAAACUACUCUUUUACGUCGAAGCACAGCCGAAGUAGUUCACGUGUUUCCAGCAACGCUUCGAUAGCAAGCACAACAGACUAUGCCCAGCCUGCCGCUCUCCGGAAAUUUACUGUGACUCCUCGUUUGACAACCCCUGCGGUGGCACAAGUGACCGUGUUUCGCGACGGCUCCGAAGCGAUGUAUGACGGCGGGGGCAGUGCGGGGGCGAGCAGGAACAGCAGCAUCAACAACCUUCAGAAUCUGGGCAACAACGGCAGCAACAUGAACAUCGGAACGUCUAAUCACUCCACCGUAGGAGCCUUGGUUGGUGCGGUGGAAAGCGUAAUCAGCCCCACAGCAGGGUUUGGUUCGGGAGCCUCUGGGAACCCCGCGCAGACUCUGGAUAGUGGCACAAAUGCAUCUCGUAAUGGCGACUUUAUGGACGCAGAUGAAUAUUUUGACGACUCGGCCUCAGACGAAACCCUUAGUGACAGCAGCGAUGAUGACGUGGUACUGCUUCACUCCAAGCUUCCAGCAGGAGCCGCGCGCGGAAGGCCGCCCCAGGAAAGCAGAGACAGAAAUACAAGAGAAUCGAACCUGAAGCCGAAAACUCGGGCGUCGACAACGUCGGCUGCAAGGAGAGGGUCCAGUUCUGAAACUCACCUUCCCCCGCCAGCAACAUCUAAUUCUGCCACUUCUCCCGAUUCAAACAUGCUGAUGCCUAAUGUCUCCCAUCCGCCAAUAAGCAUUACUUCUCCACCUAUGCCGGUUAAAGCAGACUCGAAUCUACCUCAACUCUCCGCACUCAAUCUACAAUCCAAGGCCCCAAGUCGGGUCAAUCUGCGGCCCCCAUCUAUGGGGCGGGAUGGUCGCAAAGAUGCCCAUCAUCGAAAGAAGAGGUCCACCGAUCAGUCUUUGCUUUUACCAGGGUUCAAAAUCACUGGUGACCGCAGCUCCGAUGCCGAUUCUAGUCCAGCCGGCACCUCAAUGACCGGCACCGAUCAGAAAGGGGAAGCAACGUCAUCUGUGUACAGACAAGGGGCAUUCAGUGAUCUUGGGUCGGGCAAGAUGGUGAAUUACGUCAACGCCGGUGGGGUAACAGGUAGCACUGAGGCAGUCAGUCAAGCGUUGAGGCAACUAAGGAUGGGCAAUUUGACGCGGGAUUUCUGGAUGAAAGACGAAGUAUGCAAGGAUUGCUUCCUUUGCGGGGCUACCUUUUCUGCCUGGAGAAGAAAGCAUCAUUGUCGACUUUGCGGCCAAAUAUUUUGUUCGAAAUGCACCAACCUGAUAUCUGGAGACAAGUUUGGUCACCAAGGCUCCAUGCGAGUUUGUAGCCCGUGUCUGGACAUUGUAAAUGACUAUCAUGACGAUUCGGAUUCGGACGAUUUCUCUCCCUCUGCUGUGUUCCGUCGACCUACCGUAGAUAACCCUAAAGCAAUAUCGACUCCGGUCGAGGGAUCUUCAUCAACAGGCUACAAAAUGCCACAGAACCUCCGUCCUGGCCAAACCCCGUUGAUGGCCAUGCCUGCGACACGUACCACCGCUGGUAGCAAUCCUAAUCGCCGUUCACAAAUCCUUGAGUUUAAUGACAUCCCUUCUCCGCCAAGACCGACCUCAGCACGCUCUAUCAAAUCGUUUCCGAGACCGGUCACCGCAGGUUCAACAAAGGCAGACGAAAAGCGCCGGCAAAGGUUACUUCCAACUCACGCCGAUAGUAUCCUGGAUCCGGACCUUGCCCCGUACAUGAGCGACGAAGACGCGAGCGACGAACAGCAAAUAAGCGUAUUCGCCACCAUCGCGCCAAAAGUCACCGAAACCGUGGCCGCGCCUAGUGGCGCCGACAACACCGGGGAGUCCAUCCCAGUCCUAAGCGCCAAGGAAAUCCCACCCGGUGGUAGCAUCGGGCGAGUGAGACGGAGAUCCAAGAGCCGCGGCAGCAUCAGUGGGUUGGGAGCAGUUUUGACCGGUAGCGAGAGUCCCGGCGUAGGCAACGACAAGACGGGAAUCCCAGCCAAACGCACUUCCAGACGCCGCGGGUCGAGUUUCAUUGCGCCGCUACAGCAACGCCCUGUGACAAGAGGCAAAACUCGAGGACUCAUGCGGUCUUUGGCGGAAGGUGUCGCUGGUCAGACCAGUAAUCCUCUACCCGGAGCCCCAGUCGCACCAGCCCCCAGAGGAGUAGCAAGGGGUACAUCAAUGCGUGGACCACUCGCACCAAACGUUGAGCUCAACACUGCUAGUUUGGAGCACGUCAAGAAACUUCUCAAGCAGCUUCUCUCCGACGCUGAAAUCCCGAAUGUGGAACAAUGGGAGAAGGCGCUCAUCCCGAUCCUUCUGAAGUGCACCGAUGAUCUCAACCCGGACAUUCGUGCUGGGGAUGACAUCGACAUCCGGCAUUACGUCAAGGUCAAGAAGAUUCCUGGUGCGAAGCCGGGCGAUACGAGCUACAUUUCGGGCGUGGUCUUCAGCAAGAAUCUGGCGCUGAAGAGCAUGUCGCGAAACAUCUCGCAGCCGAGAAUUGCGAUCUUGACGUUCCCUAUCGAAUAUUCCCGACAUCAGCAACAGCUCAUGAGCCUGCAGCCGGUCAUAGAGCAGGAAAAAGAAUUCCUCCAGAACAUGAUCAACAGGAUCGUUGCCCUACGUCCGACUCUCCUCCUCGUUGAAAAGAACGUUUCCGGGUUGGCUCUGGCAUUAUUGGCUCAGGCGAAUGUUGCAACCGCAUAUCUUGUCAAACCCUCGGUCAUUGAGGCUGUUGCUCGGUGUGCCGAGGCGGAUAUCUUCUCUUCCAUCGACAAGUUGGCACUUUCGAACUUCCGUCUCGGACGUUGCGCCAGCUUCGAUGUCAAAACAUUUGUUCACAACGACAUUCCGGGGAAGAAGAAGACGUUCAUGUAUCUAUCGGGUUGUCAGAGGGAGCUGGGAUGCACCAUUGUUCUGAGGGGUGCUGACAACAAUACGUUGGCCAUUAUCAAGCAGAUUACCGAGCUCAUGGUUUACGUCGUGUACAACUUAAAACUGGAGACAUGCUUGAUGAGGGAUGAGUUUGUUCUUAUCCCCUCUUCUCCGACUGGACCGGUCGCUCCAACCGCACCCCUUUCGGUUGACCAGUUGCCGGAUGACAUCCCAAAUCCAACAUACUACGAAGAUAUGGUCCGCAUACACGAGGCAAAGAUUCUAUCUGCUUCUCCGUUCGUCAGUUAUAUGCAACCCUAUCUUCUUACUCGCGCGCGGGAACUCGAGCGAAAGCUUGUGUAUCUACGCCGUCUCAGAGACAGCCUUGCCGCCCUCGAAGGCAAGCCGAAGCCCCAGGAUAAUUUCCUGCUGGUUGACCCGGAGGCUGUCCAUGGUGAAGGCGAAGUCAAACGUGGAACGAGCAAGAAAGCCAACGAAGUUCUUCGGGCCAUCUAUGACGCUGAGUACGACAAGGCACUCCACGUGUAUGAGACUCAGAAGAAGCAGUGGGAGAAUUAUCUCGCCCAGUACGACGAUUUAUUCGACCCUUUCGCGCAUCAGAGUAUUACUGUCUUGUAUAGUAUGGUGUGCACUGAGACCACGGUCCCUUGUGAGGGACCCGAUAUCCGACAGCUCGAAUUCUACUAUCAGGAUCACGAAUGCGAGUUCAUGAGGUCGGAUUGCACCCUCGGACAAUAUAUUGAAUAUCUGUGCGAUACAGCCGACGUAACGUGCCGCUCAUCUUGCGACAGACGGAUGAUCCAGCAUCAUCGUUCUUAUGUUCACGGCCAAGCCCGAGUGAGCGUGUUAGUCAGUGAUCAGAUCGCCUGUCCGAUAGAGGGGAUGCAGAAUACAAUUCUCAUGUGGAGCUAUUGCAAGAAAUGCCCCAACACUAAUACGCCAGCAAUACCGAUGUCUGAGAGUUCUUGGAAGUAUUCGUUUGGCAAGUACCUCGAACUGGCCUUCUGGAGCUCAGAAAUGAAGAUUAGAGCCGGGAAUUGUCCGCACGAUGUCAAUAGGGAUCACGUCAGAUGUUUCGGAUAUCGGGGUUUGACUGUUCUCUUUCAACACGACCUAAUCGACCUACUGGAAAUCGUCGUGCCUCGGACGAAGAUAACUUUCAAACCGGAGAUCGAUUUACGGGUCAAAAACGAGCAAUACACACAGAACGAAGCUAAGAUCAAGCGCUUCUUUGCUUCAGUUCAAGCUCGUUUGAGGGGCAUCAACGUCGAGUCAGCCAGCCCCAGCAAGGUCGAAGCCUGCAAGGCAGAAAUCGAGUAUCUGAUAAAUCAAGCCCGGGACGACGAGGACUGGUUGGUUGCGAAGCUGCAGGAGAAGUACAACAAGUCGAAGUACUACGAGAUCAUACCGUUGAACCGCGCGCUCCGUGCACUUCAAGAGAAGGUUGUCGAUUGGGAUGCCAAUUUCAGCGCAUUCGACAGCCAGUAUUUCCCUUCCGAAAAGGAUAUCAGACGCCUUGCAACGCAGUAUCUCAAGAAGAUCUUUCUCGAUAAUACUUCGACCACAUCGCUUCAGUCAGAAAACGAGCCUACUCCAAUGCAGGAGAAGGAAGAAGGGACAAGAGCCAAUUCAAUAGACGGGGCCAACCCUUCAGAUACCAACGCUUUGCCCCAAUUUCCCUCCGAGUCGACCCCCGAUGUCCUUGUGUCCACCGUUGAAGAGGAGGAACAGACCAAUGAGAGGGACGAUGAAGUCUCUGCAAUCCCUCGGCUCGAUAACUCACGCCGUAGGCCACCCCCGUCUUUCUCGAGAACCGUCUCAGUGCCAGAGGUUCCUCGACGAAAGGACUUGGCCGGUCCUGCAAGUGCAGGCAUUGGGCGUCGAUCUCCAACUAUGCCAAUGAAGAAGGGGACUAUCGUUGGUAAGACCACCGAGAAGAUCAGAAACGAGAAGAAGCUUGAAAAGUCCCGGCUGUCUUCUCUCGCGAAGAAGCCAAAGGAAAAAGAGACGCAAUCUCAGAUUCCCCGAUCCAUUCCCGCCACGAACAUUGGUCUCAAGCGUCCGAUAGCAACGCCGCCUACCAGAGUCUCGAACCUGGCAAAGCACUUCGAGCAGCUGAGUAAAGAGUUUGAAAGGGAGAGAGCUAGGGAGAAACGUCAGCUUGCAGCAAAACGAGCUCGGGCCCUGCCCGUUGCCACUUCUCGUCCCAUCGUUGAAGUCUACAAAAAUGUCAGGGAAGCAGUCGAGGAGGGCUCCGACGAAGAACAGCCACCUGGAUUGGCCACCAAAGAAUCAGAUGUUGAUGCGGACGUGGACGGCGAAGCCGAUGCUGAUGCUAGUGAUGGUGAGAUGUCUAUGGUUAGUGACCAGGAAACAAUGGUGGUACCUUCUAUCAGUGAUGUAUUGCCGCCCACACUUGGGCUUCCCCAGCAGCAUCGUUCGGCUUGGAUGAAGAUGUUGAGUAACUUCUGGGCCGAACGAUCUGCAAGUGGUUGGACGUCUCUGGAAUACCCCCUCCAUCCAACCGAUCAUGUCUUUAACGAUUCGGAUAUCAUCGUGCGCGAGGAUGAACCCAGUUCACUUAUCGCGUUCACGCUCAACUGCAGCGAUUAUGUUCAGAAACUCAAGGACAUUCGUCACUCUGAUUAUUCACACAUCGGCAACGAGAGACCGACGAGCUCGGAGGAACAAGUUCACAGCCAUUCUUUCAACCUUCAGGAGCACCCCGAGCUCGAGCGAAGUCUUCUCAAGACCACUGGGACACAUCUCAAGUAUCAGUUCCAGGAAGGCACCGCGAAGAUGUUCUGCAAGAUAUUCUAUGCUGAGCAGUUCGACGCGCUGAGGAGGAACUGUGGUGUCGCGGAUAGAUAUGUCGAGAGUCUGAGUCGUUGCAUCAAAUGGGAUAGUAAGGGAGGGAAGACGAGAAGUGUCUUCUUGAAGACACAGGAUGAGCGGAUAGUCCUCAAGAGCUUGAGUCCAGUGGAGACUGCAGCUUUCAUCAAGUUCGCACCGGCGUACUUCCAGUUUAUGAGCGAAGCUUUCUUCCAUGAGUUGCCCACGGUUAUCGCGAAAAUGUUGGGGUUCUAUCAGAUCAUGAUCAAGAACCCCAGCACCGGCACCGAGAUCAAGUGGGAUAUACUAGUCAUGGAGAACCUCUUCUAUGACCGCAAAACCACACGGAUAUUUGAUCUUAAAGGCUCGAUGCGCAACCGCUACAUGCAAUCGACGGGGGAGCAGAACGAAGUCCUCCUGGACGAGAACAUGGUGGAGUUUAUCUACGAAUCGCCACUUUUCGUCCGCGAGCACUCGAAGAAGCUCCUCCGAGUCAGUCUGCACAACGACACGUUAUUCCUCCAGAAGCAAGACGUGAUGGAUUACUCCCUCAUGAUCGGCAUCGAUGAAAACCGCAAAGAGCUGUGUGUGGGCAUCAUCGACUGCAUUCGCACCUUCACCUUGGAUAAGAAGUUGGAGAGCUGGGUCAAGGAGAAGGGCUUUGCCGGCGGUGGAAGGAAUAAGCCCACCAUUACCAGUCCGAAGGAAUAUAAGCAUAGGUUCCGUGAGGCUAUGGAGAGAUAUGUGUUGGAAGCACCGAGGUUUGUGGUCCCGCUCCUAUCUGGUGAUGACAAAGAGCUAACGGGAUUGUCUAGCUGCUGGCAUCUGUUCAAGAUGAACUACGUGAAUGCAUUGCCACUACAGUUGCACUCGGCGCAGAGUGCGGCCAAAGGACGGGAAAUGGAGAUGUCGGUUCAAGGAAAUGAGAUUGCGGCUGAUGACGGUGAGGCGGCGUCGGCGUCGGCGUCCCAGCCGGAAGAUGUAGCAACGCAUUAG